AUGGAAAAUCAAUCCAGUGUCUCUGAAUUUUUCCUCCGAGGAAUAUCUGAGUUGCCAGACCAACAGCAGUUACUCUUUGGAACUUUCUUGUGUAUGUAUCUUGUUACCUUAAUGGGGAAUGUGCUUAUCAUCCUGGCCAUUGCCUCUGAUCCUCAUCUGCACACCCCCAUGUACUUCUUUUUGGCCAACCUUUCCUUUGUUGACAUGGGUUUGAUAUCUUCUACAGUUAUCAAGAUGCUAGUGAAUAUACAGACCGAGCAUCACACCAUUUCCCAUACUGGCUGCCUAACACAGAUGUAUCUCUUUCUAAUGUUUGGUGAUCUGGACAGCUUCUUCCUGGCUGUAAUGGCAUAUGACCGCUAUGUGGCCAUUUGCCAUCCUCUACACUAUGCCACCACCAUGACUCCUCAAGUCUGUAUCCUGCUGCUCACUUUGUGCUGGGUCCUUACCAACAUAGUUGCCUUGACUCACACACUUCUCAUGGCUCAGCUAUCCUUCUGUGUUGCUGGGGAGAUAGCUCACUUUUUCUGUGACAUAACUCCUGUCCUGAAGCUGUCAUGUUCUGACACCAACAUCAAUGAGUGGACACUUCUCAUCUUAGGAGGCACAGUCCUUGUUGUUCCCUUUAUAUGCAUUGCUAUCUCCUACAUCCACAUUGUGUCUACAAUCCUCAGGGUCCGAGCCCCUGGUGAGGGGAACAAGGCCUUUUCCACCUGCAGUUCCCAUCUCUGUGUUGUCUGUGUUUUCUAUGGGACCCUCUUUAGUGCUUACCUGUGCCCUCCCUCUGUUGUCUCUGAAGAAAAGGACAUUGCUGCGGCCACCAUGUACACAGUGGUGACUCCCAUGUUGAACCCUUUUAUCUACAGUCUAAGGAACAAAGACAUGAAGAGGGCCCUAAAGAGGCUCCUUGGUCACAGGAGAAGGAUUUCCUCUUAG